CUCUCACAGCAGGACGUGUAUAUGUGUGUGUGUGUGUGUGUGUAGUUUGUUCAUUUCAUUUUUUUUCAGCUGCUGCCUGCAAAACACACAAAAACCCCCUUCAAUCGGAUAUUUCUCAUUUUUACUCCAUUUUUACCUUGUUUUUUUGCCUUUUUUGGGAGAAAGUUUCUCCUUUUUUUGUUGGUGUUGUUGUUGGUGUUGUUGGUUGAAGCUCAAAGAGGAAUAAAAAAAAAGAAAGAAAGCUAGACUCAGAAGGAGAAGAAGAAGAAAACAGAGACCAACCUGGAGGAGGAAAAGGGCGUUCAUACUUGUUGAAGUAACCAUGGAAGUUCCUGGUAUGCAGAGUUCUCAGAUUGAUCCGGAGGAGUUGUUCACCAAAUUGGAUCGGAUUGGUAAAGGAUCCUUCGGAGAGGUGUUCAAAGGUAUCGAUAACCGUACUCAGAGCGUCGUCGCCAUUAAGACAAUCGAUCUGGAGGAGGCGGAGGACGAGAUCGAGGACAUCCAGCAGGAGAUCACAGUUCUCAGUCAGUGUGACAGUCCGUACAUCACCAAGUACUACGGCUCCUACCUGAAGGGCAGUAAACUAUGGAUCAUCAUGGAGUAUCUCGGUGGAGGAUCUGCACUCGACUUGCUUCGGGCGGGUCCGUUUGAUGAAUCCCAGAUUGCCACCAUGCUGAAGGAGAUCCUGAAGGGGCUCGACUACCUGCACUCCGAGAAGAAGAUCCACAGAGACAUCAAAGCCGCCAACGUCCUGCUGUCGGAGCACGGUCAGGUGAAGCUGGCGGACUUCGGUGUGGCCGGUCAGCUCACGGACACGCAGAUCAAGAGGGAAACCUUUGUGGGAACGCCAUUCUGGAUGGCUCCCGAAGUCAUCCAGCAGUCGGCCUACGACUCAAAGGCUGAUAUUUGGUCGCUGGGCAUCACCGCCAUCGAGCUCGCCAAAGGUGAACCUCCGAAUUCGGACAUGCAUCCGAUGCGAGUGCUGUUCCACAUCCCCAAAUCUCCUCCCCCGACGCUGACCGGCGAUUUCUCCAAGAGCUUCAAAGAGUUCACCGAGGCCUGCCUCAACAAGGACCCGGCCUUCCGUCCCACAGCCAAGGAGCUGCUCAAACACAAGUUCAUCGUCAAACACUGUAAGAAGACGUCCUACCUCAGCGAGCUGAUCGACAGGUACAGGAGGUGGAAGGAAGAGGGACACAGCGACAGCAGCUCCGACGACUCCGACAGUGAGUCCAGUAAUAAGGAGAACGACAAAUCUCCUGAGUGGUCCUUCACCACCGUCCGCAAGAAGAAGACAGAGGGCAGGAAGGUCCUUCAGGGGACGGGUCAGGAUCAGCUGAGUAAAUCCGCCAGUCUGACCACAGUCAUCUCUCCUGUCUUCACUGAGUUGAAGCAGCAGCACAAGGAGCACUCUGAGCAGCGAUUGGCUAUCGAGGAGCUAGAACGCAACAUCCGAAUGGCUGAAGACGUCUGUCCUGGCAUCACGGACAGGAUGGUCACACACAUCAUUGCCAGGUACCAAAAAUUCACGACCAACUGAGGAGUGGAGAGAUCGAAAAAGGAAAACGAAGAGAGACUGUGUCUCCGUAUGGUGACGCUGCUGGAUGAUUGGAAACAGAGGAGAUUUUGCUGUGCGAUGUCUCCUCGCUGUACACACACAAAAACACACACGCAGACACACACACCACCCACACACACACACACACACUACUAAUGUAAUAUAUACACUAUAUAUUUUAUAUAUAUAUAAAUAUAUAUAUAAAUAUUCGAUCACUGCUGCUGGCUGAAGAACUUUUUCUCUCCAAGUUGGAUCUGAUAACAGCCGCAUUUUUGGUCUGGCGGUUUGAAAAUACAAUCAGAAAUUGUUUUCAUUUCUCCUUUGUUAGGGUUGUGAACUUCAUUUUCUAAAAAUGUAAUUACUUGUCAAGUUUCAUUUUUGGAUAUGUCUAAAAUAAAGGAGGCCAUUUUGUCUGGCAGUUUUCUGAUUUUUCUUAACCUUUAAAAUCAUCAUAAUGUGCCUUAAUUCUUUGUCAUUUUCUAAAAGAAGAUGUCACCUUUUUUUUUUUCACGGUGAUGUCAAUUUUUUGUUAAAGCCGCGCACAGAAAGGUAUAAAGAAGAGGGCUCUCGUCCAACAGCAGUGGUAUGUUUUGUGUCAUGACUUGCCUGGACUUUGUAGAUGUCUGUAUGUUUGGUAGCACUUGAGACAGAUGAUAUGCCAAUAUUACAUUUAUUGUGUUGUCUUCAGUAAUGCUUAUAAAUUACAGUUCCCUGAUACCAGAAUUGGGUCAGCAAAGUUAUUAAAUAUUUAUUAUUCCACCACUGAAACAAUCCUGAAAGGAAACUAGUUAAUAUGUUUUACUACAUUACAUUUUACUAAUUUGGGAUUUUAGAAAUAUUUUUUGUUGUUGUUACAGAUUCCCAGUAAACAGAUGGUUGGCUAAGCAGCUGUUAGCUUAAGAUUACAGACCCAUUUUAUGACUACUUUUUGGGAGCUUUCAGACUCUUGCCUGGCUUGGUAACACAAGUAGCUUGCUAACCAGUUAGCUAACUGUUGUUGUAGCUUUGCUAACCAUAGCUAGCUAAAUUUACCAUUUGUUGUGUGUCUGAAAUCCUCUAAUUUUAUUUAAAUAAUGCUAAGGUAAAGUUUUCUGGGAUGAGUGUAAUUCAUAAAGUAUCUGGCGGAAAUAAGAUUUCAGUGAUGCAAAUAAGGUACAACCACAUAAAGGUCUUCCACUUGCUCAUGAUAAGUUUUUAAAACUUUGGGAAAUGAGUCAGUCGUGAGCGUACAGGGAGCUGUAAUUAAAAGUAUUACUGACAGUUUGUACCAAAGACA